GAGGGAUACGCCGAUAGGAAAAGACGCACCGCUCGUCUAUUGGACCAGAAGCAGAGUGGGCGCACGUAAGCGCCCGUCCAAGCCUGGAGACUUUGCUGGGUCUUAUUCCAGGGACAGGAGACAAGAGGGUCCAAGACACCUGUCAGGAGAACUACACAUCCAGAAGCUGUAUAUGUGAGGCAACCGGAGGCUGCAUGUCAAGCCAUGGAUGCGCUGUUAUCGUUAUUAUAGGCUGUCGGUGAUCACAGAGCGUAAAGUUUUCCGCUACUGUCUUGUUUUCUUUCCUUUGUGUUGCGUUUUUUUCCCUUCAUUUUCAAGCCGCAUGAGUUCACCGCUGUUUUUAGGUCAGCUGGUCGGGGUUCCAUUAGAAAUAAUGCACCCCACCAUGGAAAAAGACACAACUUACACCAAGAUUUUUGUCGGUGGGCUUCCCUAUCACACCAACGACGCUUCACUUCGGAAAUAUUUCGAGACUUUCGGGGAUAUCGACGAGGCGGUGGUGAUCACGGACAAACAGACGGGAAAAUCCAGAGGAUACGGCUUUGUGACCAUGGUGGACAGGGGGGCAGCAGAGCGAGCGUGCAAAGAUGCAAACCCCAUCAUCGACGGCAGGAAGGCCAACGUGAACCUGGCAUACCUGGGAGCAAAACCUCGCAGCUCACAGUCAAGUCUUUCUGUUGGAGUUCAGCAAGUCCAUCCUACGUGGGCUCAGAGGCAGUAUGGGCUUGCUCAGCAGUAUGUCUACCCCCAGACAUUCCUCCAGCCCAGCCUGCUGCUGCAUUCUCACCUCAGCCCCACAGCAGCAGCGCUCAACUCCCCUUACCUGGACUACAGCUCCGCCUACACUCCCUAUGCCUCCACAGGACUGGAGCAGUACCCCUACACCCCAUCACCGUCACCCUCUGCUGGCUACCUCAGCUACAGCUUCUCCCCCAGCACGCCAGCACCCGCCAUAACAGCAUCGCCGACCCCUCCGUCUGCCAUCCAUCCUCCUCUAGCUGCACUCACUGCUGUGUCUGCCGCACCGCAGGCCUUCCUCCACUACCCUCUGCACCAGCCGGAUCGCAUGCAGUGAGCGACUGAGCAGGGCUGCAGCUGCUGACCUGAUGAGUCAAAACAGCGUGACUGUUGACCUGUGACAUCAUCAGGAUGAGACUGGAAGUGGAAGAGGGUGUGAUAUAAUCAAAAGGGCUUUUCAAGAGCACUCUAGUUCCUGUUUUUUUUUUGUUUGUUUUUUUAUUACUGUUGUAAUAGUUAAAGAAAAUGUUCUAUUACUAUUGUCAUCAGCAUACACUCUGAAUGUUUUUCAUCAGUGGCAGCAGUCAGAGACUGAAAUUAGACGACUGGUAAUCUUAUGGAUGUUUCUUUUACCGCUGAGUUUGGAGGCAGUGUGACCGUCGGGUAGACACCAAGAAAAUAUGUUUGACAUGAUGCUGUGGCUGCAGUUUCUCCAAAGGUACUGAGCUGAAUGCUGGGCUCUAGCCAAGCUGGGAGUCAGUUCCUCCUUCAGAAACACAGCUCCAAUUACCUCCUCUUCAAGGUUAACUUUCUGUCUAUGGCCUUAGAGAUCUGUCUCUGUACUUAGUUCAAUUUGUCAUUUUUAUUAGUCUCUCAUGUGAAACAAGCAAAAAUGUUUAUUGUACUCUCUUUUGCUCCUUUUAUCCACCGCGGGCCAUUUGUUACAUAGCGAUUAUCACAGAAUAUGCAAUAACAAUGACAGAGGAGGAACGUUACUAAGGUAGACAACACUGGUAUAAUAUUUUUGUGUAUUGCUACUACUAGAUUGUUGCUCUGAAAUCAACUUUGUUAAGACUUCAAACAUAUUAGCCAUCACAUGAAGUUCCUGUAGCUGCUUUCUAGGCUUUCUUGACUUUUGCAUCAAGAUCAUCUUUAGAAUUGGUCUUUAUUCAGUUGCUUAGUUGUCCAUGCAGAUCAGAUAAAUGUAUUUGGAUGUGGGUGUCCAGAAGUGUGCGUAUGUGCAUAUUUGGUCUCUGUGAGUUUCAGUGAGUGAGAGACAUACAGUAUAAUGCAAUGCAGUAUAUGCUGGUGUCAGGUCUGAGCUUCUUUUCUAGCUUCUUGUACAGGUCAGAGUUGUUUGUUUUUGUUUUGUUUUUUUUCCUUGAAUGCAGAAUACAGACAGAUUCUUUAGUCGUGAUACUGCAGUUUCCUGGUGCCGCGGCACCAUUUUAAUAGACAUAAAACAAGCCAUACAUCACAUCUUAAACAGAUAUGCAAAAAUAAAGCAAAUAUUUCUAAAUGAGACGUGCUAUCUUCCUGACAGUGGUCAAAUCUGAGUCCUGGUGGACUGCAUUUGUUCCACGAGCACCAUCAGCAGCAUAAGAAAUCAUAGAUGAGUCACUGACAUUUCGUUAUGUCACUGUGCUGCUUUACACUGAUGAACUGGAGUUGUGUUGAAGGUAUGUAGGCAAUAAAUUUUACAAAAUA